AUGGCUUUUCCACCUGGAAAACUCCCAAUGGGUUUCACUUCAAACUAUACUGAUGUUACAGCAAUACAUGACUAUCUUAAUGCUCACAACCAGGCUCGUGCACAAGUUGGAGUUGGACCUAUAAAAUGGAGCGACAAAGUGGCAGCUUAUGCUCAGAAUUAUGCAGCCCAACGGGCCAACGAUUGUAAGUUGCAGCUUUCAGGUGGACCUUAUGGUGAAAACAUUGCUGAAGCCUCUUGGAAUUUCUCGCCUACAGAGGCAGUUAAAAUGUGGGUAGAUGAGAAGCCAUUCUAUGACUAUGGUAGCAAUAAGUGUGUAGGAGGGCAUGACUGUUUACAUUAUACACAGGUUGUUUGGCGUAAAUCUGUUAAUCUUGGUUGUGCCAAAGUUCAAUGUAAAAAUAAUAAGUGGUUUUUUGUCAUUUGUAAUUAUGACCCUCCGGGAAAUUUCAAAGGCGAAAGACCAUACUGA